GAACGAGUCCCCAGGCGGGCCAGCCAGGGCUUCCUCCAGGAGCCCUCACCCGUCGCUGCUGGGGGAAAUUUUCGCUUCGCUGGAGGCGUUCAGAUGCGUGGCAGAGCUACCCGCUUGCCAGUGCUACGUUUGGCCGGCCUUUUCCAAGGAGAGAGCACGCCGCUGUGGUCAGUUUCACCUGCAGCGCCGGGUCCGGCCCGCCCAUUCCCACGCCACUCGGUCACACCUUCGAGGCAGUGGAGCUGAGAAUGAAGCGGAGAGCAUCGGACAGAGGAGCUGGGGAAACGUCGGCCAGGGCCAAGGCUCUAGGAGGUGGCAUUUCUGGAAAUAAUGCAAAGAGAGCUGGACCAUUCAUCCUGGGUCCCCGCCUGGGCAACUCCCCGGUGCCGAGCAUCGUGCAGUGUUUGGCGAGGAAGGACGGCACGGAUGACUUCUAUCAGCUGAAGAUCCUUACCCUUGAGGAGCGGGGAGACCAAGGAAUAGAAAGCCAAGAGGAGAGACAAGGCAAGAUGCUGUUACACACCGAGUACUCUCUGCUUUCCCUCCUCCACACGCAGGAUGGCGUCGUUCACCACCACGGGCUCUUCCAGGACCGCACCUGUGAAAUUGUGGAGGACACAGAAUCCAGCCGGAUGGUUAAGAAGAUGAAGAAGCGCAUCUGCCUCGUCCUUGACUGCCUCUGCGCACAUGACUUCAGCGACAAGACCGCCGACCUGAUCAACCUGCAGCACUAUGUCAUCAAGGAGAAGAGGCUCAGCGAGCGGGAGACCGUGGUCAUCUUCUACGACGUGGUGCGCGUAGUGGAAGCCCUGCACCAGAAGAACAUUGUGCACAGAGACCUGAAGCUUGGGAACAUGGUGCUCAAUAAGAGGACGCAUCGGAUAACCAUCACCAACUUCUGCCUCGGGAAGCAUCUCGUGAGCGAGGGGGACCUGCUGAAGGACCAGCGGGGGAGCCCUGCCUACAUCAGCCCAGAUGUGCUCAGCGGCCGGCCGUACCGGGGCAAGCCGAGCGACAUGUGGGCCCUGGGCGUGGUGCUCUUCACCAUGCUCUACGGCCAGUUCCCCUUCUACGACAGCAUCCCACAGGAGCUCUUCCGCAAGAUCAAAGCUGCCGAGUACACCAUCCCGGAGGAUGGGCGGGUUUCUGAGAACACCGUGUGUCUCAUCCGGAAACUGCUGGUCCUCGACCCCCAGCAGCGCCUCGCCGCGGCCGAUGUCCUGGAGGCCCUCAGUGCCAUCAUUGCAUCGUGGCAGUCCUUGUCAUCUCUGAGCGGGCCUUUGCAAGUGGUUCCUGACAUCGACGACCAGAUGAGCAAUGCAGACAGCUCCCAGGAGGCCAAGGUGACCGAGGAGUGCUCCCAGUACGAGUUUGAGAACUACAUGCGGCAGCAGCUGCUGCUGGCCGAGGAGAAGAGCUCAGUGCACGAGGCCCGGAGCUGGGUGCCCAAGCGGCAGUUCGGCAGCGUGCCACCCGUGCGGCGGCUGGGCCACGACGCGCAGCCCAUGAACCCCUUGGACGCGGCCAUCCUGGCGCAGCGAUACCUGCGCAAGUAGCCCUCCCCCCCGGGGCAGGGCGCCAGCACCACCCGCCACCUCUUCCCGGCCCCCCGGCCCGCAGCAGGGGCGGGGCAGGGACAGCGCAGGUCACAUGUGGGGUCAGCAGAGGUACCACGAAGCUACCGGGAAUGAUUGCUUGAUUGUUUGGGUUUUUAAUCUGAGAAGCCUAGAUAACUAAUCUUCUUUUAA